AUGUCUCUCCCUGCGAGUUGCGACAUCCUAGUGAUCGGUGGCGGUAAUGCCGGGUUUAGCGCCGCCCUUUCAGCCGCCCAAACAAAUUCCAAAGCUAAUGUGAUCAUAAUCGAUAAGUGUCCCUCAAUCUGGGCCGGGGGAAAUUCGUUCUUCACAGCUGGAGCAUUUCGUACCGCACAUAAUGGGCUCUCCGACCUUCUUCUGCCCAUAGUCAACAACACCACUGCGGAGCAGGCGUCCCGCAUCGACAUGCCCAUCUACUCCGAACAAGAUUUCACUAAUGACCUCCUUCGUAUGACAGGUUGGCUCACCAAUCCUGCUUUAUCAAAGACCUUAGUCCAGAACUCACGCUCCGCCAUCGGUUGGCUCGCCCAAAACGGGAUCCGCUUUCAGCUAUCGUUCAACAGACAGGCUUACGAGUUCUGGGGUGGUCUUGCGUUGAAGACCCAAGACGGCGGUAAAGGUCUUGUGGAAGACCACCUCGCCGCUGCGAAGAAACAUGGCAUCCGUGUGUUUUUCGAUACGCCGGCUACGAAGAUCCUGACAGACCCUACCACAGCCGCGGUGAUCGGGGUUGAAGUCAGCAGUCACUCUUCUGGAUAUUCUCAAAAACAAAUCAUCCGCGCUGCUGCCAUCAUCCUCGCUGCCGGUGGCUUCGAAGCUAACGCUCAACUGCGGGCCCAAUACCUUGGACCCGGCUGGGAUGCCGCGCGUGUCCGUGGAACACCUUAUAACACAGGUGACCUCCUCCUUAGUGCACAGCGUGAUGUCUCUGCCAAGGCCGUGGGUAACUGGUCCGGCUGUCACAGCGUCGCAUGGGAUGCCGAUUACCCCGCGCAUUCAGGAGACCGAGAAGUCUCCAAUGAUUUCACAAAGUCAGGGUACCCACUAGGUAUCAUGAUAAACCGAGACGGAGAGCGGUUCGUGGACGAAGGAUCCGACAUGCGGAAUUACACCUACGCAAUGAUUGGACGGCGGAUUCUAGCGCAACCGGGACAAAUCGCAUUUCAGAUCUGGGAUGCACGAACGACGACUUGGCUACGAGCUGAGGAGUAUCGUCCAGAAGUUACGAAACAUCUAACUGGAUCUACGGUGGAAGAGCUGGCGGAUGCAUGUGUGAAGGCUGGAUUGGUGAAUCGGCAGCGGUUCAUAGAUACCCUGGUCGAGUAUAAUGCCUCUACUCGAGAAGGAAGUCAAAAGUGGGAUCCUUCUGUGAAAGAUGGGUUGAGGACUGUUGGUUUGGGGAUUCCGAAGUCGAACCGGGCGUUGCCGAUUGACAUGGCGCCUUUUUUAGCUGUGCGAGUGACUUCUGGAAUUACAUUUACAUUUGGGGGGCUCGCAGUCACUCCAGAGACAGCGGCUGUAAUUUCGGAGACCACAGGCAAGGAAAUUCCGGGCUUGUAUGCUGUUGGAGAGAUGCUGGGUGGGAUUUUCUAUGACAAUUAUCCCGGUGGAAGUGGGUUGACAUCUGGUACUGUCUUUGGACGACGAGCCGGGAGGGCCGCAGCUGAGCUCAUUGCUGGAGUAAGAGGAUCGAGACUAUAA